ACACCCGCCACCACCACUCACAAACCAAAAACCACACACUAUAUAUAACAUACACCCCAAACCCCACAUCAUAUCAAUCACACAAUUCAAACCCAACAACCACAUGUUAUUGUUCCGAUCCGCUAUUAUUAAUCACAUCAAACCACAACAAAUUCGUAACACCAAAUUUGUCAUGACCACUGUGUCUGAAGCUGUUGGGUUCAGCGCACCGAGAUUGGUUGCCAAGAAGGUGCUGGCUAAGAGCCAGAGUGAAGGUGAUGGGGCCGUUGUUCGGAGAAGUAUCGGAAGGCCUGAGUUGAAGUCUCUGGAUCCUUUCUUGAUGUUAGAUGAAUUUUCUGUUUCUCCACCAGCUGGAUUCCCCGAUCAUCCCCAUAGAGGAUUUGAGACUGUUACAUACAUGCUAGAGGGAGCUGUUACCCAUCAAGAUUUUGCUGGGCAUAAGGGUACUAUCGGAGCCGGUGAUGUCCAGUGGAUGACAGCAGGAAGAGGAAUUGUUCAUUCAGAGAUGCCUGCAGGCCCAGGAGCCCAAAAGGGAUUGCAACUUUGGGUCAAUCUUUCCGCCAAAGACAAAAUGGUUGAACCAAAUUACCAAGAAUUGCUAAGUGAGGACAUAAAAACGGCCGAGAAAGAUGGAGUCAAGGUCAAAAUCAUUGCAGGGGAGUCAAUGGGAGUCAAAUCCCCGGUUUACACUCGAACUCCCACAAUGUUUCUUGAUCUCACUCUUAGCCCGGGAGCCCAAAUGCACCAGCCCAUCCCUGAAUCUUGGAACUCAUUUGUGUAUGUGCUAGAAGGCGAAGGGGUGUUUGGGUCCAUAGGUUCAUCACCAAUAUCGGCUCAUCAUGUCUUGGUGUUGAGUCAUGGGGAUGGUCUGAGUGUAUGGAACAACGGGUUGAAACCAUUGAGGUUCGUGUUGAUUGGAGGGCAGCCCAUUAACGAGCCAGUCGUCCAGUAUGGGCCUUUCGUGAUGAACACAAAAGCCGAGAUUGAACAGGCUUUACAAGACUAUCGUUAUUGCAAAAAUGGGUUUGAAAUGGCCAAGUAUUGGAGAUCUCAAUAGAUGGGUUACAAAAACACACACACACAGAGUUGAAUUUGGCAUAUGUUCAGUAGGUGAUAAAUUUGAUUUAUUUAAAACGGGUCGAUUCGCAUUGUACUCUAAUUUUGGUUUUUAAAUAUAGAUCAUGUCAACACAUAGUGUUUUCACCUUC